AUGCCUGAUAUCUCCGGGAGUGAGGCCGCAAGUCCCCAAGAGGUUGGAAAAACCGAAAAUGGUGCAGUUUCAUUGCAGAAAAUUCAACAAGAUGAAGCAACAACUUUUCUGCAGCCUUCGUUUGCUCCGAAGAUGAUGUCUUUGGAGAAAUUCUUGGAACCCUUUGAUAAAUCCAUCCUUAGCGAUAAUGAUGCUGGCGAGAAAUAUAGUUCAUAUGUCGCCAGUUUUAUCAAAGAACAAUUGUCUGAUCAAUUCGAGAGGCACAAAAAGAGUGCAUGGUUCCGUGAUAAAUAUCAUCCUGACUACAUGAGACCGGUUGAAGAUAGAUCCAAAGCUAUUGAACAUCGUUUUCAAAUAUUCAGUGACAUGCUGCAACAUGGCUUUUUGGAUGAUGUACAUUUAGAGUUCAAAAACAGAGUCAAAAUAACAAAAGUCCUUGACCAGUGUAAGUUUCUUUUGUUUCUAUUCUGA